AUGCUUGUAUCCAGUUUAAAGGAAUAUGAUUCAAAUUCUGUGAAUGAUUAUAAAGAUUCUAAGCAAACUGUCCCAUUUCGAUGUCAGUAUACAUUUUCUGCUCCGCCUAAGUUGAUUCAAGUCCUUCAGAGAGCAUCAUCUUGUUCCAUGUACAGUAUUUCCCUGGAGAGACAAAGUGGUGUAAAUAGUUUAGACCAUGACUUGCCCUGUGUCCUGGAAUGUGAGGCCUUCCAUGCAGGAAAAGGUUACUUUGAAAUAGAUUUUCAAAAAAGUUCCAAGUGGGAUGUCGGAGUUUGUCGGGAAAAUGUGCCAAGAGACAAUGACAUAAGACGGGAUCCUGAGUCUGGAUUCUGGGCCUUCAGACACUGCAAAGACGAUGACUAUACAGCUCUUACGACUCCCAUAACUCCUCUUCCUCUGCAGAGUGUUAUCAACAUGGGGGUUUUUGUGGACUGUGAGGCCAGACUUAUCUUCUUUUAUGAUGUGGUCACUGGCUCCCACAUCUUCACUUUCCCAAAGGCCUCUUUCCCUGAGCCUAUCAGGCCUUAUUUCUGUAUUGAUGAAGAUUCUGAUAUGUGCACAUAG